AUGGACGUUAUAGAAGACUCCCGCUACCGCCAAUCCACCCAAUUCCGCAUCUGGUCGUACUCGCGGUCCAAGCUCGCGGAGCUACGAGCCAAGACCAACGCCCUCGCGACGACGCACAUCUCGAACCGGCUCUCCACGGGCGGCGGCGCGCAAGAGGGCGCGGCGCCCCUGCCCGAGUUCCUGACGGCCGAGGAGGAGGAGCGACUGCUCAAGGCCACGGCGGCGGUGCACCUGCGCCGGUUCUACGUGACGAAUUCGGUCAUGACGUACUCGCCGACGGAUAUCUUGAAGACGUGUUUGUUCGCCGAAAAGUUCCCGAAUACGACGGCAGAAGAAGUACCCCUCAUAACGGAUGCCUACUUCCACUACACCCCGAGCCAGAUCAUGUUUGCCGCCCUCCUCAUGGCCGACAGAGAACUCGCACAGCGCUUCAUCCAGCAGUCUUUUGACUACAGUAUAGAAAAUGCGGCCAACACCAACAACGUCAUGAAGCCUAGCGAGGGCGCCAUGGAGGCGCUUCAAAGGAAGAUUGUCAAGACGAUUGAGGCUUGUAGGGAGUUGCUCGAGACGGAGCCUCCCGAGAGGAUGGAUAACUACUGGAGCACGCCCGAGGCCAACAAGGACGUUCGUCCCCUCAUUAGAAAACUCAAGAAGUGUCGCGAUCCCGAUAGGGCGGAUCUCGUGGCGCUUCAGAAAUCGAGGAGGGAGCAAGCAGUCAAGAAGGACCGCCCUGCCAAAAGGAGGAGGGCGCUAACGACCCCUUUGGACCCCCUGUGGAUGGAGCGCAAGCGAGGAGGCGAAGCGGAGGAAGAUGGGCGGGGCAUUAGAAGAUCCCUUUGGGCCUCCUCUGUGAGCGAGGGCAUGCCCUCUUGGACUCACAAGCUAACCCUCCCAUUUCUGCUGCUCUAA